UGGCCCCAACAAACUUGUGGACUCAGAGCAAGACGAUGCGAAGAGAAGAGAAGAGAAGAGAAGCUGUGGGUCCGCACCUCUCCUUUCUUUUUUUCUUUGAAAAAUCCUAAAUGACAAUGGAGGGUUUCUGCUCCUCUCUACACUCGAUUUUUUUUCUUCUCUUCUCGCCUCACCCCUUCUCCAUCUCCGACGACCAUCUCCGGCAAGGUUAGGGUUACAGAAAGGUGUUUCUCUAACGACGCUCCAGCGAGACGCUGCGUGGAGCCGCAAGAGACGGAGGCGAAGGAGUCUUGCGGUGGUGAAUUUCGUCGGGAGGAGGAAGAAUGUCAAAAGGUAGAAGACACAGCUGGGCAAGAAAACCAUAUUUUUUAUUAAACAUCCAAAAAGAAAGAGAGCAAAGAAAACCAAAAAAAAUCUCUCUUUUUUCCCCUGAGGAACUGAAAUGAAACAAGUCGUCCUCUUCCUCCAGUCUGUCUCCCUUCAUCUCCAUCCUGUGCUAGUGUGCUGUGCUGUACCAUCAGCGUCAGCCAUCAGGCAACCGCAACAGCAGUUCCUCCUCCGCACAGCCUCGCCGCGAGCGAACAAGGGAUCCCACCGACCAAAUCUCUCCAAGCAGAAAUCUCUCCGACCUGCCUCGGAUGCUCCCGGCCUCGCACUCGCUGCUCUACGCCUGCGUCUUCCGCGACACCGACCUCGUCGCCGAGCUCGCCCACUCCCCCCCACCCGCCGACGACCUCCCGGCGCUCGCCGCCUCCCUCGUCGCCGCCGCUCCACCGCACCACAGCCACAUCACCCACUCCGCCGGUGGCCGGGCGCACGCGCUGCUCCUCGCCCCGCCGCUCGCGCUCGCCGCGGUCUCGCUCGCGCCGCAGCUACCGGCCUCGCAGCUCCUGCUCUUCCUCCGGCGGCUGCGAUGCCUCCCCGAGUCCAGGAUGCACGACGAGAUGCCGCGCCUCGCGCUGCGCCUGCCGCUGCCGCCCGACGACGAGGGGGCGCUCGCGCGCGAGGCCGAGGAGGUCGCCGCCGCAGAGGCCGAGGCGGAGGAGGUGGCCAGGAGGGAGGCUGACCUCACCGCACGGAGGACGCCCAAGCGGGAGCGGGGCCGCGGCGGCGGCGCGGCCUGGACGUGGAGGCGCCAGCUCUGGGUCGUCAUCCUCGCGGAUCUUGUGCUCCUCGGCGUGCUCUUCGCUGCCUGGCUCGCAGUGUGCAGGGGAUUCAGCUGCAUUGGCCGGUAAAUAGGUUAAAAACCCCCAAGGCUGCUCAAUUUUUAAGCGAAAAAUCUGGAGCGCAGUUGAUCCUCGGAUGGGUGAUACAAUCAAAAGCGGGUGAUACCAUAACGUGGUGGUGAGCUGCUUUGCAAGGAAAGGCACUCAGCCCCCUGUGUAUUGUUACGUCCUUGUUGUAUGAAUCACCUUUGAAAAGUGAAGCCCAACAGCCUUGCUAGACUUCAUAAGUUUGAAUUUGUUUGUUUGGUUGAGGUCAUCGGUAAACCCUGUAGUGCAAUUUUUUCGUUCAAUUUCUAUACAACGCAAAUGUUAAAUUU